AAGUUGAUUCUUUAUCAAAAUACAGAAGCACCAGCUCAAUCACUACUUCGACUCGUCGUCCCAUAUACAUCUUGCAACUCCGGCACCGCCUAAGUCACAUCAGUCACAAUGCGCUUCCUGUCUUGCGUCUCUGCUGCCCUGGUGGCCAUCUUCGCGUCUACCACCUAUGCGGUCCCCAUCAACGGCGGUGUUAACUGCACUCAACUCGAACAGCAGAUCGCCACUCUACAGCAAGGGGUGAGCACGACCAACGGUACCAACCCGGAAGGAGUCCAAGCUGCUCAGCAGCUUCUGUACGGUGCGAGGCUCGUGCAGGCCACCGAGUGCACCACCUCUUCGCCGGUCAAGCGAUUCUUCCCUCUUACUGGUCCGGUGAGUUGGAACAUCCUCACUACCUCCGAUUCCCGGAUUUAACGGCACGGUUCCACUUCAUUAAUCGAUGUCG